AUGGACGAGUACACGCCCCAGAAAUCAAACAUCCUCCAGUCGCCGCCGCUUGAUAUCGCGGCCAAGUACGAUGCCGCCUGGGCCACGGACAAGGUCAUCCUCAUCACGGGCGGAGCGAGUGGGUUCGGAGCAGGCUUCGUUGAGAAGUGGGUGGCUAGCGGUGCGACGGUCAUUGUGGGCGACAUCAAUGUGUCCAAAGGUGAUGGCUUGUGUCGCCGCAUCAAUGCCCAGGCCAGCGGUAAUGCAAAGGCACACUUUGUGCACUGCGACGUGACGGAUUGGCAGUCUCAAGUCAAUCUGUUCAAGGAAGCGGUCAAGCUGAGCCCCCAUGGCGGCAUCGACUGUGUGGUUGCCAAUGCAGGCAUUGCCGGCCACGACAUACUUCAGGAAGGCUCUGGCCUGGAUGCCGCUGAACCACCCCCGCCCAAAUUUAACAUCAUCGACGUCAACCUCACAGGCGUGCUCUAUACGACGCACCUGGCCUACUUCUGGCUGCCCAAGAACCCGGGUUCGUCGCCCUGUAGCAUCGACGCGAAGCCUUCGACAACUUCGCCCCGCGACCGCCACCUGCUCAUGCUUGGCUCGGUGGCAUCUCUUGCUCCCAUUGCCAUUCAGCCGCAAUACUGUGCAGCAAAGCAUGCUGUGCUCGGCCUGUUUAGGACCCUCCGUGCUACCAGCAACCUGCAGGGCAUACGCGUCAAUCUGCUUUGUCCUUACUUCAUCGACACGCCCAUUGUGACAGCGGGAGCACGCUUCAUCCUUGCAGGCGGCGCGACGGGCAAGGUUGAGGAUGUGGUUGAUGCUGCCACGCGCUUUGUAGCCGACUCGCGCGUCCUGGGACGUGCACUCUGCAUAGGGCCAAAGGUACAUGUUCGUCAGAACUCGAAAGGCGAGUGGGACUUGGCCACACCCGGUGACCCCAACAGCAUCGAGACGGCCCUGUUCGAGCCGUAUGCCGACGAUUGGGAGGACCAGGACCAGUGGAACCGCAACUUUGUCAGGAUUCUAAACUCGAUCCAGGCGGGCAGGGGUUGGUUCGGAUGGGCACAAGACAUUGUCAAGGCGACGCUGUACACCCUAGGCAUCGGACGCUGA